UGAGUUUAUCCGCGCUCGGGGAUUGUCAACGUGGGAAUUUGAACGGAGCCCGAGACGCGGCGACUGUUUUUUAUUCCCGGGCUCCUCCUCGCGGGGCUCUCUCAGACAAGUGCAGCAGGGCCCUGCCGAGGUAUCACGACGGUGGUGGUGGUGGUGGGGUGUGGGCGACGUCUCUGCUGUGGCUCUCUGACCCCAAUUGUGGGGUUUUGGAGGGAACUUUUGAGCAUUAGGCGUCUCCCCCGAGCAGACGUUGCUGGUGGCGUUGAUGGAGCGACUGCGGCCAAACAGGAAGGCAGCGAUCAUCCUCCACGACGAGGAUGACGAUCAAGACGAUCAAGAGUCGAUGUCGGACCACGAGGAAUGGACGCCAAGCGACAAUGACACCAGGCCCAAGAAGCCCGGCGGCGCCAAGAGGCGGCUCCACGCUGACUCGGGGAGCGACGACACCGAGACCCCUGCCAAGAGGGCCAAAAGACCAGCGGCCCCCAGGGCUCCCAGAGUCCCUAAGGCCCCCAAGGAACCCAAGGCCCCCAGGGCUCCCAGAGUCCCUAAGGCCCCCAGGGCUCCCAGAGUCCCUAAGGCCCCCAAGGAACCCAAGGCCCCCAGGGCUCCCAGAGUCCCUAAGGCCCCCAAGGAACCCAAGGCCCCCAAGAUCCCAAAGGCAACGAAGGCCCGAGAGAAGCCUGAAACCCUUUCGCCAAGGAAGCCCGUGGCAGUGAAGGAGGAGCCACCGUGGUCUCCUGGGAGGGGGGCUCUCGCUGGGAUCGCCAUCGGGGUGGCAGGGCAGGCUCUGGCGAUCAAACCAGACCCUCACACCAGCACGAACAGGGAGCCACACUCGCACUCUGCCACGGGGCCCCACGUGAAAAAGGAGCCACACUCGGACUCUGCCACGGGACCCCACGUGAAGAAGGAGCCACACUCAGACUCUGCCACGGGGCCCCACGUGAAGAAGGAGCCACACUCAGACUCUGCCACGGGACCCCACGUGAAGAAGGAGCCACACUCGCACUCUGCCACGGGACCCCACGUGAAGAAGGAACCACACUCGGACUCUGCCACGGGACCCCACGUGAAGAAGGAGCCGGUGGCUGUGAGCUGGACGGUCGCUCAGGCGGUGGCGAGGCAGUUAGCGCUGUCGGAGGGCGUGGUGCAGCAGGUGGUGCGGUUGUUGGACGAGGAGUACACGAUCCCCUUCAUCGCACGCUACCGCCGUGAGUUAACCAACGACAUGGACGCCGACAUGCUGAGGCAGGUGGAGGAGAGCGUCCACCAGCUGCGGGCUGUGCAGAAGAAGGUUAAGAGCGCCGUUGCGACCCUCCAGAAGGAUGAUCAGCUGACUGCUCGCCUGCAGCAGGCACUGCAGGAAUGUCGCUGUGUGGAGGAGUUAGAGAUCCUUGUGGCGCCGUUGAAGACGAGCAGCAGGCAGAGCAAGGCUGAGCGGGCGCGGCGUCUCGGCCUGGAGGCUGCGGCGCAGACGGUGCUCACGGAACCGCACAGACUCGACAUGGUGGCACUGGUGCGACCCGCAGAGCCAGGCUUGUCGACUCUGGCCGAGGUGGAGGCCGGCGUGCAGCACAUCCUGGCCGACAUCAUCGCCAAGGACAGGGCCACCAUGGACAUGGUUCGCAAAAUGUGCGAGAAUUCCAUGGUGAUGAUCGAAUCGUCACUCUCGGCUGCGGCCAAGACCUCGCUACACAAGGGCAAGGAGGGGGCCAGGGACGGGGGCCUUUCUGCGCGUAGCUUCCACGGGAAGGCCCCCCACGGCAAACGCCAGGACAUCAACAAUUUUGAAAAAUACUUCAGCUUCCAGAAGCCCAUCAGCAGGGUGGAGAACUAUGAGGUGUUGGCGCUGAAUCGGGGAGAGAAUUUGAAAAUCCUGACGGUGAAGAUCAACAUCCCCGUGCAAGUCAAGACCAACUUCCACAGCUGGUGUCUCAACCAGAGGUGGCGUCUGCUGGUACCCUUCGUGCCGCCUUAUGUGCAGCAGCUGCUCUCCAACUCCUUGGAGGACUCCUUGAAGCGCCUCAUUAUCCCGCUGGUCACACGCCACUACCGCGCGAGUCUCACGCGCCGUGCGGAGCUCGCCUCCAUUUCCCUCUUCGCCAAGAACCUGCGCAAGCUGCUGCUGGUGCCGCCGGUGCGCGGUCGCUCCGUGCUCGGCAUCGACCCGGGGUUCCGGCACGGGUGCAAGCUGGCGCUCACCUCCCCCACGGGCCAGGUGGUGGCAACCGACGUGAUCUUCUUGGACGACACAAAACGCAGCCAGGCCACCGUGAGGAACCUCCUGCUGCAGCACCGCUGUGAGACCGUGGCGAUUGGCAACGGCUGUGGCUGCCGUGAGGCGGAGUGCUUCGUGUCGGAGCUCAUCCAGAGCGGCUCCCUGCGGCCCCUCAACGUGGUCUACAGCAUCGUGAACGAGAACGGCGCCUCCAUCUACAGCGUGAGCCCCGAGGCUCAGCAAGAGAUGCCUGGCAUGGACCCCAACCUGCGCAGCGCCGUGUCCAUCGCUCGCCGUCUGCAGGACCCUCUGGCAGAGCUGGUGAAGAUCGACCCCAAGCACCUGGGCAUCGGCAUGUACCAGCACGACCUGCCGGAUGCACAGCUGAAGGUGGCGCUGCGUGGCGUGGUGCAGGAGUGCGUCAGCUUCGUGGGCGUGGACAUCAAUGCCUGCUCCGUCACGCUGCUGGGGUACGUGUCCGGGCUGAGCAGCGUUCUGGCUCGCCGCAUCGUGGAGUGGCGUGAGCAGCAAGGCCCCUUCCUCUGCCGCCAGCAGCUGCUCCGCGUUAAGGGCAUGGGGCCCAAAACGUUCCUGCAGUGCGCCGGCUUCGUGCGCGUCAACCCCGCGCCCUCCUCCACGGGGCCCGCCACCUCGUCGUCCGCAGGCGUCGGUGCCGGCGUCGGAGGCUCUGAGCCGGGGGCUAAUCCGGCUCCGGCUCCCGGCCGGAAGAAGCGCACCAGGCAGGGAGGGGGCCCCGAGGAGGGGGAGGAGGAGGAAGUCGCCAACCCCCUGGACCGCACGUGGAUCCACCCGGAGUCGUACGCCAUCGCCCAUCGCCUCCUGCGCCUCAUCGGGGGCUCCGCCGAGCAGGUGGGGCGGCCGGAGCUGCGGCGCCGCGUGGAGGCGGCGCUGGCCCAGCAUGGCUCCGUGGAGGCGCUGGCGCAGGCAGUGGGCACCACGGUGCCCACGCUGCAGAUUGUGCUGGACGGACUCAAGCAGCCUCACGACCACGACAUCCGUGCCGAGCUGCAGAAGCCGAUCUUCCGGCGCACGGUGAUGACGCUCGAGGAGCUCCACGUGGGGAUGUCGCUGCAGGGCCGCGUCGUCAGCUACACCGACUUUGGUGCCUUCGUAGAUAUCGGCGUGGGCCAGAAAGCCCUCAUUCCCAAGAGGUUCAUCACUGCGCAGAACUCGCUCCCAACAGGUCAGGGGGGUGCUGACCGCCGCAGUAGCUUCCUGCUGGGCCCCGGCGACCGCGUGGAGGUCCGGGUCCACCACAUGGAGCUGGCACGCAACCGGAUCACCCUGGCACUUGAGCGCAUGCUGUGAGCGCCACGCUCACCGGGGACGCCGCUCACCUCUCACGCCACCAGUCUCACUCGCCUCACCAAACGCACCAGCCACAUUCUCAGCAAUGACAUUCAAUCUGACUCGCACUUCUAGAUUUGAAGCUUUCGUGACUGCAAGGAUCCAUACUCUUUGGUUUUAUUCGGUAAAGUCACAGUCAAUUCCAGGUCGCACUCCACUCACCCCACACUCAACUCACCCCACAC